AUGGAAGAGGAGCUGCAGCAGAGUGUUUUGCUCUCCGAAGACGCGGAAUACGAGACGGCAGACAGUUUCGCCGAUAACGCCACAGACUCGACACCACGAGAGGACAUGGGCAGCGAUGACGACGACGAACUCAGCGACCGAGAUGCCUCCGGCGAGGAGAUAGACGAAGAUGCCUCCGAUGAGGAUGGCGAACAAGACGAGGAUGCAGAAGGAGACGAUGAUGACCUCGAGGAAGGGGUAGGGGCUGUCAAGAUCAAGCCUGGCGAAGCCGAAGAUGAUGAAGACGCCGAGAGCGAAGUCUCUGAGCUUCCGAGUGUCCCAGAUGAGGAGUCCGACGAAGACGGGGCUGCUUGGGAGGACGGGGACGUGGCAGACGAUGACGAAUCGGACGCGGCGCCCCCCAACGCUUGCACCUUCUGCAAACAAGACGAGGAAAAUGACCCGAGUGAGGAUUUUGAGGCAUUUCUUACAUGCACUACUUGUGGCGAGAACGCGCACCAGCAGUGUGCCCGCGACGCCGUCGCAUUGACAGAAAAGAACCAUUCCAAAGACUGGAGAUGUCCAGAGUGCUACACCGGGAAUUCUGACGUGGACGAUGAUGAGAUUGAAAUCAAAGACGGCGCCAGUGUGGGCAACAACUCACUAUCCAUGUCACAGCGUUCGGACGAGCCAAACCUUGCACGGGAACCCAGUAAUUCGGACGAGCAGUCCGUCUCUCAGAGGAAAACUUCCUCAGCCGAGCCAGACGAGACGGGCGGAUCUCUGAGAAAGCGACGCAGAAACCGCUCCAGCGAAUCGACGGCUCAUGGUGAUGGAGGCGGGGAUCAGUCUGGAGAGUCGAACAGGGCGUCGCGGAUGCUGCGACUUAGGGCUCAAAGACCGCCCCCAGUAACCGUCGAAAGACGAUCACGCACGUCCCUGGUACUCAAAUUUGUGGUGCGUCCAGGCAACCUCAAAGAGAUUCUAUCGCGGAGGAAACGCGAUAACAAGAGACGGCCUGGGGCUCUUUCGAGGCCUGCUCCACCGCCGCGAACGACGCCCGCUUUGACGGCUACGCCAUUCUACUCCUUUUUCGACAAGGAGACCGAUGAUGCCAAGGGAAAGCCUUACGGCGGUAUACUGAGCGAGGCGGAGGCGGACACCUCAAAAACACUGCCCACUCCUGACGAUCGCAAGAGGUUUGAUCAAGCCAAGCAGAAGGCUGAAGACGAAUGGCGAGCUCGCGUCCUAGCGAUGCAGGCCGAGGCGGACGUGCCGUUGCGGAAGCCCAAGAAGGCGAACGAGAACGCAAGCCAGAUUGAGUGCAUCGAGUUUGGUGGGUGGGAGAUCGACACCUGGUACGCGGCUCCUUACCCUGCCGAGUACAGCAGAAACCGCGUCCUCUACAUUUGCGAGUUCUGUCUUAAGUACAUGAACUCGGACUACGUGGCAUGGCGGCACAAGCUCAAAUGUGCCACGAAGCACCCCCCUGGAGACGAGAUUUACCGCCACGAGUCGGUGUCCAUAUUUGAGGUCGAUGGCCGGAAGCAUCCUGUCUACUGUCAGAACCUGUGUCUUUUGGCAAAACUCUUCCUCGGUUCCAAGACGCUCUACUACGACGUGGAGCCGUUUUUGUUCUACAUUCUCUGCGAGUACGACGAGCGCGGGUACCACUUUGUGGGCUACUUCUCAAAGGAGAAGCGAGCGAGCAGCCAGAACAAUGUGUCGUGUAUCUUGACGUUACCCAUACACCAGAGAAAAGGCUACGGGAACCUGCUCAUCGACUUUUCCUACCUGCUCACCAAGACGGAGCAGAAAACGGGGUCGCCCGAGAAGCCGCUGUCUGACAUGGGCCUCGUGUCAUAUCGCAACUACUGGCGGCUCGAGUUGUGCCGAUACUUUUUGAACCUCAUGGAAGGGGACGAGCAUAAGAAGGACGGCCUCAGCGUCAAGCAGAUCUCUGACGAAACAGGCAUGACUGCCGACGACGUCGUCUCGGCCUUGGAGGGGCUCCGAGCCCUGGUGCGAGAUCCGCAGACACAACAGUACGCGUUCCGCGUCGACUCGGAGUAUUGCCGACAAUACGUGGCGAAGUGGGAGUCCAAAGGCUACGUGAGGCUGAAGGCGGAGGCUCUGGCUUGGACCCCGUAUGUCAUGGGUCGGAGCAACGCCGUCAACUUCGAGCUCGGGCCGCCCAUCAGCACGAUUGCGCCGCGCGAGGACGACGAGACGAAAGCUCACGAGGACCCCGACAGCGCUGACGCCAGCGUCACCAGCGAGACGAAUAUGCCGAACGGAUCAGAACCUGUCAAGUCGAUUGAGAAAGUGGCGCCUGAGGACAAGGAGAAUGCAGAGCCGCAGACCGACGUCAGGAACGCCGUUCCAGACUGCGACUCUUGGGCCGCACCUUACAGAGACAUACCGCCAACUCGAUUCGAGGUCUUCCCCCCUGUCACGGGCGGUCGACGUGCAGAUCCCAGCCGCCCUCGAAGCAGCGCAUCACGGCGCAAGACGGGCGGGACCGGACGCGGGCCGGGACGAUGGCCCAAGGGUACCAAGAAGUCCGACUAUGGUAAUGCCGAUAGUGGGCCUGGUCUCCCGCCGGGCUGGAAGGAGAAGCAAGCCCGCAUGCGGGCGGAAGCUGGGGGCGCAACGCCCGAGGAGGAGGAGGCGUUGACCGACAAACCAGCGCAGGACGAAGUGCAGGUUGUCGUGGGCAAGGCUUCGGCCAACGGAAAGGCGACGCUCGACUCGGGGUUGGCAUCGGGAGCAUGGGCGGCUGGUCACGGCGCCCCGGGAGCCAGCGGAGAAGGGGGUAUGGAGGUCGAUGCGGGAGGAUGA